AUGGGCACUUCGCAUGACUCGAAGGAGACGAUCGGCGUAACACCAUUCCAGCUAGUGUAUGGAGGAGAAGCGGUGGUUCUUGUAGAGGUUGGAGUAGAAUCCGAUCGGGUGCGAUUCUAUGAAGAGGGAAAUGGCGAGCGAAGUUUAAUGGAGCUCGACUUGGUGGAUGAAGUGCGAGAUAAAGCGACUAUUCGGAUAAUGGCUUACAGACAGCGGAUGAGCCAAAACUACUACAGAAGGGUGAUCCUGAAGUCCUUCCAGGUUGGUGAUCUAGUGUUGAAGAAAAUCAAGUUGGUCGGCGACAUCACCAAACUUGAGGCACCAUGGGUGGGACCUUAUAAGGUCAUAUGA